UGCCUGCACUCUGGGAGCCAGAGCCGAGCAGCAGCUUCCAGAGUUGAAGGAAGAGGGAGGAAAGGAGCUUGCGAUCCGGCCCGGCCCAGCCCAGCCAGACCAGGCGUGCCCACCUAGCAGCAGGCAGAACCGCGGCGCUAGUCCGGGUCCCGUUAAGAGUGAGCAGUCCUGCGGCCAGCGCUUGCCAAGAAUGGAAAUCCCACCGACUCACUACCCAGCCUCCAGGGCGGCCUCGGUGGCUGAGAACUGCAUCAACUACCAGCAGGGAACCCCCCACAAGGUGUUUCUGGUGCAGACGGUCAAACAAGCCAGCAUGGAGGAUAUUCCAGGAAGAGGACAUAAGUACCACCUUAAAUUUUCUGUGGAAGAAAUAAUCCAUAAAGAAGUUACAGUAAACUGUACGGCUGAAGUGCUUUAUCCUACUGUGGGACAAAAUACUGCACCAGAAGUCAGCUUCACAUUUGAAGGAGAAAUUGGAAAGAAUCCAGAUGAAGAAGACAACACAUUUUAUCAAAGACUCAGAUCCAUGAAGGAACCACUAGAAGCAAAAGAUAUUCCAGACAGUUUUGGAAAUGUACCUCCAGAAAUGAAACCAGUUCGACAUUUAGCUUGGGUUGGCUGUGGUUAUAUAAUAUGGCAGAAUUCUACAGAAAACACAUGGUAUAAAAUGGUAAAAAUUCAAACUGUCAAGCAAGUGCAAAGAAAUGAUGACUUUAUUGAAUUAGACUAUACCAUUCUACUUCAUGACAUUGCAUCUCAGGAGAUCAUUCCUUGGCAAAUGCAAGUUCUCUGGCAUCCACAAUAUGGUACUAAAGUCAAACAUAAUAGCCGUCUGCCAAAGGAAGCACAUCUGGAAUAAAGGAGGCCCCUAGCACUGGGAUGCAACGUAAAGACGCCUGUUGGUGCUAUGUGGCCAAACAAAUCUCAAAGGUUCUCUACAUAUAAUAUCCUGUCCAGUAUAAAACUCUAUAUAGAUCCCUGAACAAAAUUAGUGUUACUACAUAAGAAUGUCUAUAUAACAGUAACAGUGCUGUGGACAUGCCAUAAUAAAAACUUCAAUUUCAACCUUAUAA